CUCAGAGUGCGGGAUGAGAGAGCGCCGAAUGUACCACUCAUCCUUUGAGAGAAAUGGAUGCUCAUCCGUUUUUAUUCACAUUUAUUAUUUCUCGUGACCAUCUAACAGAUUUACCAUGACAACACAAACCCUCACGCACAAUCAGUCUGUUACGUGCGCUCUUUUAACAGUGUUUGCUGAGUAACCGUGAGACAAACGGUUGACGAAUGGGAUUUUCUCCAUGUUUGGAGGGAGAGAGGGAGAUUACGGACAUGGACCAAUGAAAGACACAUGAUCUGAACACUAGAAAUAACCAUUCGUCUGGUGGAAGCAGGCUGAAGAUUGAGAUAUGGCUUUACUGGACAAUGCCAGCGGUGUUGCUGUUGAUGAGAUGGCUUUUCCAGAGAUUGUUGAGCUAAACGUCGGGGGCCAGGUGUAUAUAACGCGCUACUCAACUUUAACAAGUGUGCCAGACUCCCUCCUGUGGGAGAUGUUCAAUCAGAAGAACACCAAAGGCUUGGCCCGCGACACCAAGGGUCGCUUUUUCGUGGACAGAGAUGGCUUUCUUUUCCGUUACAUUCUGGACUAUAUGCGGGACCAGCAGCUCGUUCUUCCCGACCAUUUCCCAGAGCGAGGACGACUGCAGAGAGAGGCCGAGUUCUUCAACCUCCCUGAACUUGUCAAACUGUUAGCCCCAAAGGUCAGUAAGCAGAACUCUCUAGGCGACGAAGGCUGCCAGAGCGACCCCGAGGAGUCCUCGCCCAGCGCUGACUUCGUCCGCAAUCUGGCCUCACUGGGGGCGACUGCGGCAGCCUGUUCCAGCCUGGCAUCGGUCGGAGGUGACGGCAAGCGCUCCGGUUUCAUCACAAUCGGCUACCGGGGCUCCUACACUCUUGGCCGUGACAGCCAAACAGAUGCCAAGUUCAGGCGGGUGGCUCGGAUUAUGGUGUGCGGGAAAACCUCUCUCGCCAAGGAGGUUUUUGGGGACACGUUGAACGAAAGCCGCGAUCCCGAUCGCCCGCCGGAGCGCUACACCUCACGCUAUUACCUCAAGUUUACUUUCUUGGAGCAGGCUUUUGACAGGUUAGCCGAUGCCGGGUUCCACAUGGUGGCCUGCAACUCCACAGGGACUUGCGCCUUUGCCCACGAGCAGACUGACGAUAAAAUCUGGACCAGCUACACCGAAUACGUAUUCUACCGUGAGUGACCUCAAACCUGUGUUCCAGCGUCUUCUCCCUGAGAUCACCUUCAGUAGAUGUAGAGGAUCCUCAAUUCCCAACCUCCAUCCAGACUUUCCCUCAACCCGUAAUGCUUUGUACCUGCUGAUUUCAAGUAACCUUUCCCUCGAACGUUUUCCUCUUGCCAAAAGAUUGCCUUCCCUCAUAUGUAAGCGUGUUGCUCUUUCAGCUUUUGUGUACUCUUGAUCUUGACUAAUGUCGUCCAGCUGAACGUUGGACUUUAACUGCUUAAACUAGCAAAUAAGCCAUUUAAAGGGGCUUGGAAAAGUUUCUUUAUUAUUCAGUAGACUGAAAAUAUUUAUCUUGUAUUUUGAUGUUUUUAAGGUGUUGGACUGUGCGACUCUAGGAUUAUUAUUGUCUUGUGUAUCCUAUUAAUGGGGCCAAAGAAGUUAAGGAAGCACUACAAGUUUCAAAAAGGUUUUAUAACAUUAUGUUCACUGCUUGUGAAUGUUCAGUAGUGAGCUGAUGAUAUUAAAAGGUCAAAUACUACAGGACAACAUUAAAUACAUUAAAUCAUUUUCCCACCUUUGCAGAGUCUUGUGUUGAUAGGGAAGAUAGAAAAAAUAGCAAUUGCACAUAGUAAAACGAUAUUAAAUGAUCAGAAACUUCGACGUGGAAGUGUUUGUUGGUUGCGAAUCGGUGUAUUGAUUGUGUUUUUAUGCUUUCAGUGUUUUGUCUGCCUGUGUUCAACGAAUCACAGAACAUAAGUUCUCAGUCCAGUCACAUUUCAAAUACCAAUGUUUUUGUUGCUUAUGAUGAGUUCAAAUGUGUCGUUCAGAUGCAUGUUUGCUGAUUUAAAUGACAUUUUUCUGUGAAUGAACAGUAAACAUGUUCCUGUUCCUAGUGAUGCACGUAUAUUUGAAUAAUAUUGUUAGUUAUUUUGUCAUUUAGUAAAUGUUACUCGCCAUA